UCCCGACUUUACGAGGAGUCCCCGAGUGCGGCACGCGUCGGGUCGGCAGAACAGUAGGUGGGGUUUGAGGCGAAGGUGCACGGAAUGUGCAAGGACGUAGAAACGGGGCAGGCGGUCCUGUAAAGAGCCCCAGACAGACUAGUCAGUCACGUUGAAGUCAAGCUACAGCUACAACAACAACAAAGACGACGACGACGACGACGCCGCGUAUUUUGAGAUCAGCUCACUACAGUCCUGCCAACCCAACGCCAGAAUGGACGCGGCUCCAGGAUAAGUGAACCAUGUCUUUUGCUGUUUUCCUGUUGCUGUUGUUGGUGCUGCCGUGUCACCCGCAGGCCACCUCCGGCUCCCGUUUCCUCAGGAUCCAGUCUGGUCCCGGAUGGGCCCGGCGGUCUUCAAGCAACACGUUGGCCUCGAUGUCUCAAAACAGCAACGGCGACGAGUGCGAUCUUGUGAUGAACCUCAGUGCUGCAGACCGCUGUGCAUUUGUGAAGAACACACCAGACUGUGACAUGGAGGAUGGCUUCAUCAGCUACCUUCAUGUGGCCUUCUGUCUGCUUCCUCCCAACCUCACAUCUCUCACCAUCACACUCUGUAUGAUAUGGCUGCUCUUUCUGUUUGUCAUUCUUGGACUCACAGCAUCUAAGUUUUUCUGUCCCAACCUGUCGGCCAUUUCCACCAGUCUGCACCUCACUCACAACGUGGCUGGCGUGACAUUUCUGGCUCUUGGAAAUGGUGCUCCUGACAUCUUCAGUGCCAUGGCGGCUUUCUCCCAUCCACACACUGCUGGGCUCGCUGUCGGAGCUUUAUUUGGAGCUGGUAUAUUUGUUACCACAGUGGUUGCAGGCAGCGUGGCGCUGGUCAAGCCUUUUGCUGUGGCCUCCCGUCCAUUUCUGCGUGAUGUCAUCUUCUACAUGGCUGCAGUGUUUUGGACUUUCCUCAUCCUGUACAGAGGAACCACGGCACUGGGAGAAAUACUGGGGUACCUGGGCCUCUACGUGGUGUAUGUAUUGACUGUUAUCGUCAGUGCGUACAUCUACAACCGGCAAAAACAUUCGAUGAACGCGAGUGUCCAGGAUGUUGCACGUAUUCCAGAGUUUUACUCGUCCGAAUCCUCUGAAGAUGACAUUUCCUGCCUGAUACGUGGGUCCAUCCAGCAGGAGUAUGAGUCAGAGUACAGGCCACUUCUGCCAUACUCGGAGUCCACGAGUCAGAUCCUGCUGAGCUCCCUGAACCCAGUGGACAACAGGAAAUGGAGGAGGAAAUCGUGGCGCUGGAGAGUGUUCAAAGUACUGAAGACACCUCUAGAGGUCCUGCUCCUGCUCUGUAUCCCUGUAGUGGACCCCGAUAAAGAAGACAAGAACUGGAGACGCCCACUAAACUGCCUCCAUCUGAUAACUGCUCCACUGGUGUGUGUGCUCACCUUCCAGUCUGGAAUAUAUGGACAUUACAUGAUCCAAGGGCAGUUUCCCCUGUGGCUGCUGACUCUUCUGCUGGGACUUUUUCUGGCUGCCAUUGUCUUCUGCACCACCACCAAUGACUGCCCUCCCAAAUAUCAUCCACUGUUUGCACUUUUGGGCUUCAUGGUUAGUGCAGUGUUGAUCAGUGCAACAGCCUCUGAAGUGGUUGGUCUUCUACACAUGCUCGGUGUGGUGCUGAGUCUCAGCAACACUGUGCUGGGACUGACUCUGUUGGCCUGGGGCAACAGCAUAGGAGACUGUUUUUCUGACAUUACCAUCGCCCGGCAGGGUUACCCGCGGAUGGCCAUAUCUGCCUGCUUCGGAGGCAUCAUUUUCAACAUGCUGUUUGGAGUGGGUUUGGGAUGUCUGGUGCAGAUGGUUAAAACACACUCUGAUGUGCAGUUUGAACCAGAGGGUUUGUUGACUUGGAUUCUUGCAGGAUCUCUGGGUUUGUCUCUGGUCCUGUCCUUUCUCAUUGUUCCACUGUGCCGGUUCCACUUGGGUCGGACGUACGGGAUCUUCCUCCUCGUCUUCUAUGCCACCUUCCUUCUAAUCGCACUGCUCACAGAGUUUGGCAAGAUCCACAUUGUAUAGACCCAACACUGAGGCCAGUCUGAAAUGAGGGACGUCCUCCUACAAACAUACAAAAUGAAACACUGGAACAGAGGCUGCACUGAGUGCAGAUGAGUGACAUCUUCUACACACUAUACUGAUGCACUAUUUAUAAAAGAAUCAACAGUAGACUUGCCUGCAACCCAGAGCCAUGCUGUGGUUGGUUUGUAGAACCAAGCAAGCAAAUGAACAACAAAAUACAGUUUUCUGCUCAGGGAGAGUUGAAACUAAUCACACUGUGCCUUUAUUCAGCUUCUUGUUUUGUACUGAUUGGAGCUGAGACAGUACUUUCUGAGGUCAGAGGGAAACCACAGAUUGUAGAAAUUUGUACUUUAAAACAUUGGGAAAAAACUAAAUGUACUGUAAAUCAAAAUGUUAAAUGACCCUGUACAAAGCUGCUUGUGGGGAAUUAAAUAAUUUUGGUUUGGUAUUUGUAUUUACAGGUCAUAAUAAUGCUAUGCUUUCAGUGUUAAAUGAUACACUGUAAGUAAAUUAGCAGUUACCAGCGGUAUAAUAGUAUAGCAACAGUACAUCGAUGUACUUGACAAUUUGAACAGUUUAUUAAAAUCCCUUAUUAACUAACUAAAAUACAUUACAGAAUAGGAAGUUAUAUAAAAGUAAAACAUUUUGAGUCUGUUGGGACCUUAGUAAAGAGAUACACCGUACUUAUUUUGAGCUAAAAGGAGUGUCUUGUAACUUUUGGUCUUUAGAGAUCUUAGUAGUGUCUGUGUUAAUACUGAUCAGAUGAGCCAUUAAACUAAGGCAUCAGGUUUAAGUACUACAUUACUUACAAGAAGUCAAAAACAGCCUACAGCAGGACACGUACACAACAUACUGUGUGGUAGUACAGGCUCCCUUAUACCAUUUGCUGCAGUCUUUGAAAAGGCCAAAAAAAGGGGGACGUUAAACGCUCCUGUCUGAGCAACAGACCUGCACUGCUGUCUUUCUGUCUGUAGUCACAGCCCCAGGAAGGAGCAACCAUUAACCCAUCUCACUCGCACAUCAGUCCGAGAGGCCCCAGACAAGUUUCCCCACUGUGGCAAACGUGAGUGUGGGGCAACUUGAAAAGACCUGGAGUGAUGGGGUUUCUUAGCAUUAAAAAACACACUGAGAUGGUGGUGUGUAUGUACUGCUUGCAAACUCUGCAUUAGUUGAUGCUGUGAUGUCCAGUCUGUGAGUUGAGCUGAGGCUGUGGAAAAGGAGACGGGUCAGAGACGGGACUGUCCAGAUUCCGCUCCAGGCUUUGGUCUGGUUGAGGCAGGUUUUCCCUCGAAUACUCUGCAUACCACUCCUGGAGAAACAUGACAUAGAAAAGAUCAGAAGGUCAAGGAAGACCAACUAACUACUGUCAUGGUAUUUAGGAUUAUUUCAUCUGUUUCUUACCUGCAUCUCUUCCUCGUACAUUUUCAUGCUGAGGUCACUCUUCGUCCUAGACCUGCGACCUAGGUACACCAGAGACGAGUGCUGUACAAAUCAAAGCAGGAGGGAAAGCUAGUUAGAGGGACUUCUUGUGAAGAGCAGAGUAAAAAGAGUUAAUUGUGUGUGUGUGUGUUCUUACCCCACUCCUGUCCAUAGCUAUUAGGACUCCCUGUAGAGAGCUGAGGGA